GGUAACGUGAAAAAAACUGAGCCAUUCUCGCUGGUUCGUGCGACCACAAACAUGAGAUUCAUCUUGGUAGCUUUGCUUUUUGGCCUUUGUGCCGUCUCUGCGAUCUCAGAAACUAGCAACUACUCACAAAAGCAAAAAGAUGUGUGGCGCCUCUUCAAGUACAUCAACCAGCCAAGCUUCUACAAGGAUCACGUAGAAAUCGCCCAACACUACCAUCUACACCAACACGUGGACUCUUACACCAAACCUGAAGUCGUCCACGAGUUCAUCAAGUACUAUCAACACGGCAAGCUUCUCCAACGUGGUGAGAUCUUCUCCGUCUUCAAUGGAGAACACCUGAAGCAAGCUAUUGCUCUUUACAAGAUCUUCUACUACGCUCAUGAUUAUGAAACUUUCUACCAGACGGCGGUUUGGGCUCGCCAACAUGUCAAUGAAGGGUUGUUCCUCUACUCCUUCUCCGUCGCUCUUGUGCAUCGUCCUGAUACCUACUAUUUCUCGCUUCCUCCAAUCUACGAAAUCUACCCACACUAUUUCUAUAGUACCGAGGUUAUUCAAGAAGCCCAGUUGUACAAACAGAUGUACUACGGUCACGAAUCCCACUACAACGACAAGACCAUCUACGCUAACUACUCUGGGUACUACCUCAAUCUGCACCCUGAGCAAGCUCUGUCGUACUUCACCGAAGAUGUGGGUAUCAACUCCUUCUACUACUACUACAACCUGUACUAUCCAUUCUGGAUGAGCGGGGAGGAAUUUAACCUGAAGUACGACCACCGUGGCGAACUUUUCUACUACAUUCAUCAGCAAAUCUUAGCUCGGUACUAUUUGGAGCGUCUGUCGCAUGGUUAUGGAGAAAUCGAUCAUUUCGACUGGGAGGUACCUUUCCACACCGGGUACUACCCAUCGUUGUCGUACCCCAACGGUCUGCAUUUCCCAGUCAGACCCAACUACGUCCACCUCCACGAGUACUUCUACAACUAUGGCCAGAAAUACGGCUCCAACAAAUACGCUUACAGCUACAGCUACGUCCAGGACUACGAAAGAAGGAUUCAUGACGCCAUUGACAGCGGUUUUGUACUAACUCACUCCGGCUCCAAAGUCAACUUGUUCUCCCACGAAGGUAUCAACAUUCUGGGUAACUUGAUCGAAGGCAACCCCGACUCUCCCUACUACAAGUACUACGGAGCGUACCAAGUCUUCGCGCGUCACCUUCUAGGGUACUCCCACCAACCCUUCGACCACCACCAAGUCCACCCAUCGGCUCUCGAGCACUUUGAAACCUCCCUUCGUGACCCAGCUUUCUACCAACUUUACAAGAAACUCAUCGUGUUCUUCAUCAAGUACAAGUCGCAACAUCUUCAUCAUUAUUCUGAACACGAUUUAGCGUACCAUGGUGUUCAUGUAAAGAACGUAGAAGUCGAUGCUUUGGUUACCUACUUCGACUACUUCUACGCUGAUUUGAGCAAUGCUGUCUACGUCACUCCUGAGGAAUUCGUUCAGGAUAGUUUCAAGGUCCAUGUUGCCCAAGAACGCCUCAACCAUAAACCUUUCACCUACAAGGUUUACGUCGAUUCUGACAAGGAAACCGAGGCUGUGGUUAAAGUUUUCCUGGGUCCUAAAUAUGAUGAGUACGGUCGCUACAUCAACUUGACCGAAAACUGGGUUAACUUUGUCCAGUUGGACCAUUUCGUCUACAAGUUGCAGCAGGGACAAAACGUCAUCGCUAGGAACUCUCGCGAAAUCUAUAACUACAUUCACGAUAGAACUUCGUACUAUCAGUUGUACCAGAAGGCAUUUGGUGUUCAUGAUGAGAGCCACAACUUCCAGUUCCACCAUGACCAAUUCUGGUUUGGUUUCCCACAAAGCCAAAUGCUACCAAUGGGAUCUCAUGGUGGUACCACCUAUCAGCUGUACGUGGUAGUCAGCAAAUCGCUCCCAUACAAAUCUCAAGCCAGUAUCAAUGUACCAGUUGUUGGUUCUGGACAGCAGUACGUUGAUGCCUACCCAAUGGGUUAUCCCUUCGAUCGUCCAGUGUACUACGAGAAGAUCUUCUACGAUAUCCCCAACUCGUACUUCCAGGAUGUGGAGAUCUACCAUGAGGGACACAAGGGUCAAGUUUCCCACCAUCAUGAACAAUAAAAUGUAUAUAUUUUUGUAACGAACAAGGCAAUGCUUAUGGCGAACUCUGAAUGAGAAUAAAUAUAAAUAGCGAAA